AUGCUGGACCUUUUCCCCGCCAUCACCACCGCCUUCCACCAUGGUCUAACCUCCCUGCCAGCCAUCAUCUGGCUUUCCACUCUGCCCAUCAUCAUCAUCCUCUGCAUCCCGCUGCUCAUCCCCUACUUCAACCCCACUCCCCCACCUCUGAGAGGCUGUCGCAGACUCGGCCUCUCUCCAUCACAGCAAUCCAAUCUCCACGAUGAAUACGCUCCCAAAUACACCCACGGCGUGCCCUGCACCGCCGCCGACGAAUCCGGCCACCCGGCCUGGCGCAUCAAAGCUCUCUUCACAUACCCGAUCAAAAGCUGCACCGGGGUGGAGCUCGAAACCGCCGAGGUGAUCGAAACAGGCCUGAAGUACGACCGACUAUUCUGCUUCGCCGAGUUCAUACCAUCUCCACCACCUCCAUCAUCCACCAACACCAACACCAACACCAUCACCAUCACAACCUCACCCUCACCCUCACCCUCACCCUCACCCUCACCCCCAACCAGCCACUGGACCGCCCGCACCCUCCGCGACCGCGACUUCCGAAACCUCGCCCUCCUCCGCCCUGAGAUCUGGAUCCCCGAUCCCACCUCCCCUUCAUACUCACCCACCCUGCCCGAAAUCCAAUCCAACGGCGUCCUCAUCAUCCACUACCCACGUCUCUCCACCAAUCCACUCACCAACCUCCUCCAACGCCUCCAUCUCCUACCCACAACCACCUCCUUUACCAUCCCCCUGACUCCCCCACCCUCCCAAACCCACCUCUUCCCCCUCACCCCCGUCAAAAUCUGGAAAGAUACCCCCCUAGCCUACAACUACGGCCACCUCAUCCCAGAUGCCCUCCGCGCCCUCCUCACCUACGACACCACCACCCCGCCGCAGCUCCGCCGCCCUCUCACCCUCUUCCGAGAAUGCGAGACCCAUCACCGAGAAAUCUUCCGUUGCGCUCCCCGUAAGACAGAUAUCGGGUUCCAGCCCGUCACGGGCUUCGCGGACGCCUAUCCUCUGCAUUUGGUCAAUAUGGCUAGUAUUCGGGACGUAGCCCGGCGGUGUGCGGGGGAUAUUCCGUGCUUGAGUGUGAGACGGUUUCGGGCUAAUGUCGUGGUUCAGGGACCGGGGAGGUUUGAGGAGGAUGGGUGGAAGAGGAUUAGGGUUGGAGGUGAUUCUUCCAGGUUGUCUUCUGGGCGCAUGUCGGGGUCGGAGUCGGAGUCGGAGUCGGGGUCAGUGGAGACGGGCGUGGAGAUUCACACAGUCUGCAGAACUAUUCGCUGCAAGUUACCCAACGUUGAUCCUGAUACGGGGAUUAGACACCCCUCUGAACCGGAUCGCACUAUGAAGAGUUAUCGGAAGAUAGAUGCUGGGGAUCGUACGAAUGCGUGUUUGGGCAUGCAGUUGGUUCCGGCUGUUAGGGAAUUCACGCUACGGGUUAACGAUCCCGUCUCGGUACUGGAGACGGGCGAACACUUCUAUAUCAAGAUGUUGGCGCCGGGGGAGAAGGUAGAGGGAGUGUGAUGAUCUCAUGGUGCCGGACUGUACUAC